AUGAGGCCUUGGCGCAGUGGCGGCAGGCCAAGCUCUGCCCCAUUGCCCCGGCCUCCGCGGCCACCCCAGUCACGCCCGCCGCCGCGGGCGCCCUCCCAGCCGCCGCCCCAUGCUUCGCCCCGCGCUCCGCGGCCAGCCCCACGGGCAUCCUCUCAACCGCCAAAGCCGCGGGCGACGUCGCAUAGAAGCUGGCAGGAGACGCAGAAGCACCACCAGGUUGAGUCCAAGGCCAAGCGACAGCGCCUCGAGAGAGAGCCCAGGCACAAAGUAUGGGAUGACGAUGAGGACGAUUGGGAGGCAGGUAAGAAAGAAGAAGAGUGGGAAGAGGAGGAGUGGGACCAGGAGGAGUGGGAUCAGAAGGAUGACUGGAAGGCACAGACGAGAGCCGAGCCCCGGUCUCAGGACUGGACGCCUAGGAGCGCUCCGGCGAAGCUGAUGGUUGCGAAGGCAAAGGUGCCGGCGCCAAAGCCAGCACCAAAAGCCAAAGUCAAGACUCGACUGCCUGAGGAGCUGGGUUUCAGUGUGGGCUCCGGGGUGCGACGCAAGGCUACGGAGUUCAUAGUUCAGUUCUACUUCACUUACCGGCGAGUGCUUUUGCUGAGGCGGGUUGUGGGCGAUCGCCCACCAGAUGCAGCGAGGAUGCCUUUGCCCGUGGCUCAUUUGCUUGAACUCGAUGUGCAAAAGGAUGUACGCAGCUCUGGCCAAUUGCCAGCUGACAAUGUUGAGCAGAUCCUAGAUGCGCGGUCACUGGGCCUGCAACUUUGGUCAAUUGUCUUCAUUUUCUCCAAGGGGCCCGUUGUGAUUGACAACAGCGCCGAGUUUGGCGAGGUCACCGAAGACGAAGAUUGCACGGAGCCAUCGUCAUCCGAGGAGGAGGAGGACUUGCAGACAGCGACUCAUCCGGCAAAGGAGAUCGAGGAGCGGCGCAGGCAUUCGCAGCAGCCCUGGCAGCAGGAGAAUCAGAAUCAACGGCACGGCACUGCGCCCGGCACUCCGCAGCAAGUGCCGCAGACUGUUUCGCGGCAGCAGGCGCUCAUUGUGAUCGAUAACAGCGCCGAGCUUGGCGAGGUGUGGGCGGGGCUGCGAAGGAAGGGACGAUGUUGCCUUGAGAUGUGCUUCAUGCGAAAGCUGCACCACGCAUCAAGCGACGAGCUGCUAAGCUGUGACGGGACGUCGUGCAUCCCCUUGCGCAGCACGGAGCCAUCGUCAUCCGAGGAGGAGGAGGAGGAGGAGGAGGAGGAGGAGGAGGAGGAGGCGCCCAUGAAGCCUUCCAACAAGCUCGCGUUGGAGGCGAAUCCAUCCUCACCGUCGAGCCCAAGAGGUGCCAGCGCAGGCGACACGCAGGCGGAGGCGCCCAGCGAGUCGAAGGCGAUGCCGGCGCCGGAGGCCCCGGUCUACCGGCCUGACUCCGAGCCUAGGGAGCCUUCGAGUUCCCCGAAGGAGGUGCCAAAGCUGAUCCUCCCGAUCCUGGAGACCCCGAGUUUCCCAACUCCGGACGCGAAGUGGGGAAGCUCCCAGGUUGAACCUGUUGCAGCCUUGUGCGAGUCUUCCGUGCAGGAGGAGAACUCCAGUAAGCAGCGCGACUGUGAUUCCAUCAGUGAUGGCACCGCGCAGGAGAGCUCCGGCAACUGGGGCAGCUGGAACAACUGGGGGUAUGACUGGGGCGACCGAGACUGGAGAGAACAGCAGGAGAACUCCGGCGACUGGGGCAACUGGGACGAGUGGGGGUACGACUGGGGCGACCGAAGCUGGAGAGGCAAGCGCAAGCGGCAGGAGAGCUCCGGUUCCCAGCGCGACUGGCGCGACUGGGGCUAUAGCGGCUAUUGGAACGACGGCCGGAACCAGCAGGCGGCGAGGGAUGACAUAGAGAGCCAGAUGCCAGCUGAUCAGAAGCAGGUGUCGGAGGACUCGAUGAACAAAGCAGCAACAGCUGCUUCAGCAGUCGAGGCUGCGAGCGAGCCCAGCCCGGCUCCAGCUCCGGAGCCCGCUCCAGCGGCCCUGCGCUCCAUUCUGAAGCCUGGGUAUCGCGCCAAAAAUUUGCUGAGAGUCUCAUUCGAGAAGGAAUUGGUGAGGAAAGUGGCAGAGGUGCCGCGAGCCCCGCGCACCGACUGGUACCAGCACAUUAAGAAGUCUCUGGUGGCUUGCGCCCGUUGCGGGGAGUGGUGGGAAGAGCGGAAGAGCUACGUGGCCGAGAACUACCGGGGCCAGCGGGAUCUCGUUUGCGUGCACUGCAAGUCAGAUUGGCCCCGGCACCUGGUAUCCAGUUUGCCUGGUCGAGGAUGCGUGGGCUCGCUGCAACUUACCGAACCGCUGCCGCCAGCUCCCGUCAGCCCGGAGAUCGGCGAAACGAGCAGCCCGGAGAUCGGCAGCCCGGAGAUCCUGAGCUCUGAGUCCGAGGGGGAAGAUUCCAUGUCUGACGUUAGCACCGACAAUUCCAGCGACCUGGAGGCUGAGAUCCGGACCCAGGAGCUGAAGCGUCAACUGGAGAAGGUCGAUGAAUCUGGGAAGCAAUUCCCACAGAAGACCCGCAAGGCACCGCGCCUUGGCACGUGA